CGGAGUCCUUGCCCACUCCACAGAGCGUGUGAGGCUCUGACAGCCCCAGCGGGGGACCCUUGGUGCUGGAGCCCUUGGACGCCCCUGGUCCGAACGCUGCGUGUACUGGGAGCUGAUCUCAGGGGGAGUGCUUGGUGCUGUAGAUGAAGAGACGGGCCCUUGCCCUGAGGGCCUGACGGUCUAGACGUGACCUAACCCAGCAUGGGAGGGUGAUACAGGCAGAGGAGAGAAGCGGAGGGGAGGGGAGGGCCUGGAGAGUCAGGUCUGUAUCCUGUGCACAUUGCUGUAGUGUCUCAGUGCCCAGGCCUGCGAUGAGCUGACGUUAUUGUUACGGACCCACAGGGUCGGUGCUAUGGCCUCAGCUUUGGAACGAUCUCUAGGAGGAACUGUUCAGUGAGCCAGACCCCCUGGAGGUCUCACUCUUCUUGGCAAGCCAUGCGGCUUCACUGCCUCCUGAGACUGGACCUCUGGGCCUGAGGCAUGCACAGGAUUCAUAAAAAUGUUACAAAUAUUCCUACUCUGUCACACCUCGGAGCAGCUUGUCAGCUCUGUGUGUAUGGGGGUGAGAGGACAACAGCAAAAGGGGGAGAGGUGGUAGGUAAAAGAGACGUACACGACAUGUUUCCAUCCAGUGUCCUCUGCGUAUUCCCACUCAUGGGAUUCUCCGACCUGUGCAGCCUGAAUGGUAAAAUUCUACUAGCAGUAGCCAUUGGAGUGUCCAAGUGCCUCCCUUUCCUCCCCCGUGAAUGCCAGACCUUCUAGGGCAAGGGUUUAAAGGGAGCAUGGCGCUCAGCUGCCUCAGUUCCUUCAGCUGCGGCCAACUGGACAGUUACGAUGGUCCUGUGAGAUCCUUUCGGAUCCCUAGUAGACAGACAGUUUGUGUGGGUUGUUAACGUAAGUGCACAGAGUUAUAUCAUUUAUUUAGAGCUAGCUAGUUAAAGGGUAACUUGCCAGAUCAGAAGGCUGAGAAGCCUGGAUUCAAAAGACCUGUCUCGUGCCCGGUGGUUUUCCCAGCGUGGGAUGCACAUGCCUGAUGCCUGGCGUGGUUGGGGUUGGCAUUCUCCCUCUAAAUGUCUGACAUGCUCAGCACUGGCCACGAGGGCGAAGAAAGUGAGAGAAACAGGCUCCAGGUAAUUUUAUUGCAGGAAGCUGUGACAGUGGCAGCCGAUUCUCAGAAACCAGCUUCAUCUGUGCCUCCAGCGAGGAAGAAGUGUAAUUCAGCUGCUGUGUCAGGUUGAGGAUCUGAAAGAGGAGAAAAGGUCUGGAUCAGCGACGAACACAGUCCCGUUUCAGAGAGACUUGCUUGCGGUUCCGAGGAAAAAUUUGCAGCCUUCUUCGGUGUCAGCCUGAUUACAAAGAGCCAGUCCGAGAGAGAAGACAGGGGCAGAAUCUCGUGGUGGAGCCUGGCUCUGGUUCAGGCUGUCAGCGCCGAGGAAGGAGCCAUUCUUCUGUGGAUCUCUCAAUAUCGGAUCCAAUGAAGAGACCUCUGGUGAGGGGUUGCCAGCUAGCACGGCACCGCAUAGCGUUACUGUUAAAGCGACAGUUAGCGCCGUCUGUGGCUCCAUCUCAGGACACCUCAGGUGUGGUGUUAGAACCAGCCAGGCUGACUGCUUCUCCGAGAGGCAGCAAAGAACAGGAUCCAGCCCUUCUGUCCCUUCUCUUGCCUGCAUGGGGAAUGGACCUUUAGGUGGGCUAGAAGAAAGCUGUCACUCAAAGUACAGAAUGUACUGUUUUGUGCUAGAAAAAGUGCUACGGUCUUGAAUGGAAAAGGGUUUUAUUGAGGAUUUUCACGUACACUGGAUCCUUCACAACCCCAAUUAAUUAUAUAUUAGAGCAGCGUUGUAUCUUAAGGAGACACCUCUUCUAUUAUCUUCAGUUAAGGUUCAUCUCUCAGCCAUGUCAGCACAUCAUACCUGUACAGGGAAAAUCAGUUUUUACUAAUGAUACAAUUAAGAAGUUUUUAAAGGGCCUUAAUAAUUUGUAUCCUCCAGUAAGAACUCCUUUGCCCUUCUGGGAUCUGAAUGUAGUACUGGCACAAAUGGGAGGAGAGUGGUCUUCAUGGGGGAUGACACCUGGGAUGGACUCUUUCCCCAGAAGUUCUUCCGCUCGUAUUUCUUCCCGUCGUUUAACGUGAAGGAUCUUCACAUGGUGGACGAUGGGAUCCUGCAGCACCUCUACACGACUGUGGAUGGUGGUGAGUGGGACCUGCUGAUCGCUCAUUUCCUGGGUGUGGAUCAUUGUGGGCACAAGCAUGGACCAGACCAUCCAGAAAUGGCCAAGAAACUCACCCAGAUGAAUGAGAUGCUAAGGUCACUGGUGGAUCACCUGGCGAACGACACCCUGCUGGUGGUGGCAGGGGACCAUGGAAUGACGGAGACUGGGGACCACGGAGGAGACAGCGAGAAGGAGGUGAACGCAGCACUCUUCGUGUACAGUAAAACGCCUCUCUUUGGAGCCCACCUUCCCAAGGAGCCGGAAACCAUCCCGCAGGUGAACCUGGUGCCCACACUGGCCCUGCUGCUGGGCGUGCCCAUUCCCUACAGUAACAUCGGGGAGGUGAUGGCUGAGCUGUUCUCGGGGGACGGCGGUACUGCUUUGGCAGCAUUCAGUCAGCUCUCGGCGUAUCGCAUCAAUGCCGGACAGGUGGACCGUUUCCUGCACUCCUACUCGCUGGCUGCCCAGGACCUGCCGGCUGAGCGGCUCCGGUACCUGCGGGAGCUUUUCUCUGCCGCGCUGGAGGAGCACGACCGGCUGCUGGCCCAAGUGCGGGAGGGGCUGCCUGCAUCGCCCGAGCAGGAGGCCAGGCUGGGGCGACUGGUUGUCCGCUUCCAGCAUUACCUGCGGGAGGCCCGGGCCGUGUGCAUGGAGUCCUGGGCCCGCUUCCACCCCCUGCGCAUGGUGGCUGGCUGUGCGCUCAUCGCCGCCUCCUGCCUGCUCUGCUGUGUUGCCUCGGAGCUGGCGGCGGCCCUGGACUUCUCCUACCAAAGCCGCCUCCUGUACCCGCUUCUCUGGGGCCUGGCGGUGGCGGCUGUGCUGGGGCUGGUCCACCUGCUCACCAGAGAAGGGCUGGACCUCAUUCUGGUGGUGUCGUGGUCGGCUGCCGCCUCUCAGCUGGCCUUCUUCUGGCACUCGUGGGGCCGCCGGCCCCGUCGAGCCCAUUUGGCUGGUGUCCAGCCGCCGGUGGCCAAUGCGGGCCUGUGGCAGAGAUUGCGAGCGUGGCAGGGGUUGGUCCUCCCCAUGGGCAUCCUCUUCAUCCGGUGCUGCGCCAUGUUCUCGGACAGCUUCGUGGUGGCUGAGGCCCGGGUGGCUCCGUUCCUGCUCGCGUCCCUGGCCAUCCUGCUGGUGGGCAAGUUGCACUGGCACGGCCGGCUGACUGCUCCGGAAGCCCCCAAGCAAUCCCUGGGCGCUGCCUUUUACCAGAAGGAGAGCUGGCAGCUUCUGUGCCUCCUGGCUGUGCUACUGGCCUGCCUGCGCCUCUCAGGCCUUUUCCACCAGUGCCGCGAGGAGAUCCCGCACUGCCAGCCCUCGCCCUUCCUGGCCCCCCUCUCCAGCCUGCAGAGCACUCAGGCCAAGAACCUCUUCUACCUCCUGUGUGUGGCCUCGCUGGCCGGGCUGGUCUACGCCGUGCGGUGCUGGCUGCGGCAUUAUGGGAACCUGAACAGCGCCAGCCCCCUGGUGCUCUUUGUGCGCUGGGCCUUCCCGCUGCUGGCCGUCUGGAUCGCUUGCUACUGGGCCGUCACUUCGGGGGCGGAGGACACACUGGGCAAGCUGCAGGAGCUGGUGCAGGUGGCGCUGGUGGGCUUUCCACAGGCCGUCUACGGCCUGGCAUCCCUGGGGCUCCUGCUGGUGCUGUGGACGCCCGUGACAGUGUUCGUGAAGGACAGCCGGGAGUCAGUGGGGCCAAUUGUAACCCCUUAUCAGGGGGCCCCCAGCUCCCAAGCCGACCUCCAGCACGUCAUCCCACAGAUCUACAGGAGGAUGCAGGAGUCUCUGAAGACCCAGCUAGACAGGGGUCACCGGAGGGCCACGGUGGCAGCCUACGGGCUGGGGAGCGUGUACUCAGCCGCCUUGGUCAUAGUUCUCACCCUGCUGGGCCUCCUCCUGCUGACCCUGCACAGCGAGAGGAUGAGCCUCGCCUUCCUACUCCUCUUCCUGGAGGGCUUUGUGCUGCUGCGGAUCCACGCCUGGGUCAUGAGCCUCGCCGGGGAUGCCGAGCCUUUCGUGGUCCCCUGGUACGCGGUCACCGCCUGGGUCUUUGCUGCCACCCAGUUCUUCUAUUCCACGGGCCACCAGCCCAUCUUCCCAGCCAUCCACUGGCAUGCAGCCUUCGUGGGCUUCCAGGAGGGCCACAGCACCCACCUGCUGCCCGCUGUCCUGGUGGGGGCCAACACAUUCGCCUCCCACAUCCUCUUUGCAGUUGGCUGCCCUCUGCUCCUGCUCUGGCCCUUCGUCUGUGAGGUGCCCAACUCCCAGAGGAGGAAGCUGAAGAAGGAACUGCGGGAGGAGCUUCAGGAGAAGGAGGAGGAGCCCAUGAUGGAGAUGAGGCUGCGGGAGUCUCCGGAGAGGUUCUCAGCGGCUCUGCUGCAGCUGGGGCUCAAAUACCUCUUUGUGCUUGGCGUGCAGCUCCUGGCCUGUGUCUGGGCAGCCAUGGUCCUCAGGAGGCAUCUCAUGGUCUGGAAGGUGUUUGCCCCAAAGUUCCUCUUUGAGGCUCUGGGCUUCAUGGUGAGCAGCAUCUGCCUCCUGCUGGGGAUUUUCCUGGUGAUGCGUGUGGACUGUGCGGUCAGCGCCUGGUUUGAGCAGCUCCAGCCCAGGUAG